GAUUCACUUGAAUCCCUUGAAAUGCAAGGAAAUAGCUAGUCGGAUUCCUUAGAUGUCGAAGCAGGGGUGUCUACUGUAAGACAUAGCUUGUCUCAACAUUCCUGCCGAGGUAUAUAUACAAUCAUAUCACGGGUUGUAUCGAAAGCUUCCGCCAUACUGCGUUGCAGUGAUAGUAGAGAUUCCACUAUCGGAUGGUGAAGGCCGAGACAGUUCGUAAUCCUUGGGUCAGGGGUCAAGACCUUGCAUGGUACCGUCCGCGUGGUGUCUUUCUUCAGCCUUCUUAUUGGGAACGCGCCGUGGGCCAGGAGGGCUGCUUUUGAUCCUCUGUGUUACUGUAUCUUCCUUACCAAGUUCUGUCUUGUGCUGAUCCUCCUGUCAGUCUCAUUGCAUGAGUACUUUCUGAGCAUCGGUUGCAUUCCCAUAUUCGUUUCACUCUCAUACUGCCAUCAUCAUGCCUGCCCUCACUCAAGACCAGUCCCUCGAUGUGAUCAUCGUUGGAGCGGGCAUCGCGGGGCUGGCUGCCGGCAUCUCGCUUCGCCGGGCGGGCCACAACGUUCGCAUCUUUGAGCGAUCAGAGCUCAACAAUGAGGUUGGCGCCGCCAUUCAUGUGCCUCCAAAUGCCAACCGUUCCCUCGUGGCAUGGGGCUUGGAUCCUGUGGAGAACAAGUUCGUUGCGUCCACCGGCAUCGCCAUUGGAUCCGGAGCCACUCUUCAGCAGUUUGACUUGACCCCACUCGGUGACUGGGUUCCCAAGGUGUAUGGCGGUCCUCUGUACUUUGCCCACCGAGUUGACUUGCAUGAGUCCUUGAAGAAGCUGGCGAUGGGCCCUGAGGGUCCGGGAAAGCCUGUCGAGUUGAGCUUGGGCGUGCAGGUUGUCGCUUAUAACCCAGAGGAGCCAUCCAUCACCCUUAGUUCAGGCCUUGUGAAGAAGGCGGACCUUGUGGUUGCGGCAGAUGGAGUCCAUUCCAUUGCUGUUGAGACCAUCCUUGGAUAUGCCAACAAGCCAGAGCCUCAAGCGCUCUACAAUGGAUGUUACCGCUUCCUCAUCCCGGCUGCUGACCUAGAUGCCGACGAGGAGACUGCGUGGUGGAACAAGAAUGGCGAGAGCGAGGGGCUUAUGAGGAUCUAUACCGCUAGCAAGUUCGGCAAUCGCUUCAUCUCGUAUCCAUGCCGUGGUGGUGAGGUCUGGAACUGUGUUGGCAUGUUCCACGAUGACGAGUUGGAAGGCGCCACCAAGGAGGAUUGGCAGACACCUGUCGAUAAAUCCCACUUGCUCAAGUCCUUUGCCGACUUCCAUCCCUCCCUCCAGGCCGUACUAAAUAAAGCGAGCGAAGUGAAGCGCUGGCCUCUUCUCUAUCGUGGGCCCGUGCCCACCUGGACCAAAGGAAAGAUGGUCAUCAUCGGAGACGCGGCCCAUCCCAUGUUGCCGCACCAAGGCCAAGGAGGCGCACAGGGUAUUGAAGACGGUAUCGCCCUUGGCAUCUCGUUAAGUGGUGCCACAUCUGAGGAUAUCCAGGAGAGGCUGGCCAUCUUUGAGAAGGCCAGGAGACACAGGGCAAGCGCUAUUCAGGUGAUGAGCAACGCCGGAGUGGACCAAGCUGAAAGAGUGGCUAGAGAGGUGGCACAAUACGUUAGCGUUCCUCUGGAUUCCCAGGCCAAGUUCGCCGAGUACAAUUGGGGUCAUGAUGUUGUCGACACCACAAUCCAGCUGCUUCGGGGGUCUGUGGAUACCAAGUUUGAGCUUCCGGAAGGGUUCUUCAAGGGGAACCCUUUUUCGCCGCAGAAUGCGCCCAAGUAUGCACAAAAACAAUAUUCAUUCGAUUUUUCAGAAAGAGGAUUUCUUUCCAUUACAUCAGUGUCACCACCAUCCUGUAUGCGCCCCGCAUUGCGUCAUUUUCGGCAGUACCUUUUUAAACCAACAGAGGCAAUCUCACUGCGCCUGUCACCACCACUCAAGCCGUUCCGCGUAAACAGCAACCACCACCAAGUCAGAAGAACCCUCUCAACAACAACCAUCAUCAUGUCCGCCGCCACCCCGCUCAAGAUCGGCUUCGUGCCCGAGCACUUCUCCACCCCCAUCCACUUUGCCCAAAAGCACUAUGGCCUCUCCGCCGAACUCAUCCCCUUCCCCUCCGGCACCGGGCACAUGAUCACCUCCCUGCGCUCGGGCGAGAUCGACGUCGCCGUCGGCCUGACCGAAGGCUGGGUCGCCGGACUCGGCAAGGACCCCUCCACCACCCAGGACGCCUCCUUCGGCACCGACGGCGGCUACCGUCUGGUCGGCACCUACGUCGAGACCCCUCUGUGCUGGGCCAUUUCGACGGGCGCCGACCGUCCCGAGAUCCAGUCGGUCGACUCGCUCAAGGGCGGCAAGAUUGGUGUGUCGAGGAUCGGAUCGGGCAGUUACGUGAUGGGGUACGUGCUGGCUGACCAGCGCGACUGGCUGGUGCCGACGACGGCGGUGGGCACGGACAUGGAGACGGCUUCCCCGUUCAGCGACUUUGUGGUGCUCAACACGUUCAAGAACUUGCGGGACGCGGUCAAUUCCGGGCAGGCGGAUUUCUUCAUGUGGGAGCACUUUACCAGCAAGAAGUACUAUGACUCGGGCGAGAUCAGACGCGUGGGCGAGAUUUACACGCCCUGGAGCAGCUGGAAGAUCGUCGCUUCUACCAAGCUGUUUGACGAGCAAAAGAAGCUGGACGAGCGUGUCGAGGGGGCCAUGGAGAAGAUUAACGAGGGUAUCAAGCACUUUGAGGAGCACCAGGAUGAGGCGGUCAAGUAUAUCAGCACGGAGCUGGAUUACUCGGAGGAGGAUGCGCGGGAGUGGUUGAAGACAGUCAAGUUUCCCAAGCAGGUACAGGGUGUUGAUCAGGCGGUGAUUGACAAGACUGUGAACAUUUUGAGGAAGGCGGGUGUGUUGACGGAGGGACGGGGCAUGAAGCCUGAGGAGAUGAUUGCCAAGACGAGGUAA